AUCACCGCUUCUUCAAGGUUUCCCCCAAUUUCGAAACUCCGGAAACUUCAGCAAUCGAUUAAUUUGAGUCCCUCCUCAUCUUCAGACUUUCGAUUAUGAAUCCCAACACUGACAAGUUGGUAAGAAGAACAACGAUGGUGGCCACGGUUACUGCUGCUUAUUUCCUCCUUACUGCUGAUUAUGGUCCCGAACCUAAUGUUCUUGAUCCCAUCAAAAACACCAUACAAUCUGCAGAGCAAUCGGUGAAAAAAUUCAUCUUCGGAUCGAAGGAAGAAGCCAAAAAACCAGCAGCCGAGAAACAUCCUUAAUCUUUCCUAGCACCGAAUGGUUUUUUCAGGUUCUUGUGAUGUUCUGCUUGCCCUUAGAAUAUGAAUCUUUUGCGUGUAGAUUUCGAGUUGCUUACUACGUGUAAACCUUGUUGGUUGUUGUAACUACAAUGCUGUGGUUCAGUCUUCUUGCAAAAUAGAAGCGAAAUUCUCUCUAGAAACACUCUCCCGAAUAGCUUUUGUAAAGCGGAGGAAUUUUCAUGCAACGAGAUUGUCGUUUUUCUCGUA